AUGUCAGGUGUUUUUUCUACUGUAGUUAAUUUUACUACUGAACAGUUUCUUAAACGAGCUGGUAAACUAUCAGUACUUGCUGAUAUACAAAAUCAGAGUAAAUCUGGUCAGUUAAGCUGUUCUUUAGAGUUUCCUAAGCAUCCCAAGCGAUGUCGACAAAGUGCUGCUUCUAAAAACGUAGUUCUGAGUGCGUCUAUCCAUCUUCUCACUUAUGAUAAUGUUAAAAAAACAAUUUGUCAAGCAUAUGAUGAUGCUUAUGAUCUACUAUCUAAGCUUGAUGUUCAUAUUGCUUUGAAGAAAGCAAAAAAAACUGAAAUGAUUCAAGUGAGCUCCUUUGUACGAGCUCAGUUUGAUAGAAAAUUUAAAAAGGUCUCCUACGAUGAUGAUGAAUCGUAUUUAUCUGAUAAUAAUGAAUCAAGCUAUAAAUUCAGAUCGGAUAUCAAUACUGCAGCGGACUUAGAUGAUGAUAGUUCAUGUGAUGAUGAAACUGAAAAUGUGUCUUCAAUUUCAGCUAGUGGUAAAUCUCAGUUUCAUGGAAUGAGAGUGUGCGACACUAUUCCUUCCUCACUUGCGAAGUCCUACUUUCGUGUUGAACUUGAUGGGAAAAGAAAAUAUAUUCACAAACAGACAGCCUGCUGGCUUUUAACAGAUACUAAUAAUCGUUUGUCAGCUGAUCGACUUAGACGAGUUCAACAAAGCAGUUCUUAGAUUAAUAAAAAGCUUGUAAGAAAUACUUAGAAAUAUUUUGACAUGAUCAACUUCUGCUAUUUUUUAUUGCUUCAUGUUUCUUUUAUUGAUAUUUCAUAGUUCGCUUUUCCUCUAUGUGAUAAAAAAACCAAAAUUCUCUAAUGUGUCAGUUGACUUGAUACCAAUCUUAUUACAAGAUGUAUCUAAACUUCGCAUAUCAGUAGAUGUUUUUUUUUAAAUUGACUCUAGUAUUUUUCAGGGCUUAUAAUUGCCUGUCAAAUUCAUGGUAAUGAAUAUCAAAGAGAAAUAGAGCAGUGAACACGGGUUUACCGAAAGAGAUUCACAUGAAAAGAAAAUAGUAGGCACGGGUUGCCCGAAAAAUGCCUAAAAAUCAAUGUAUGGAUGCGGGUUUACCGAGUAUCAUCCGAAGCAAAAAUAGGUAUAAAUAGGUACGAGUAUUCCGUAUAAAACUUGUCUAAAUUGUUUCAAUCCAUUUUGAAUUUUUAAAUUAAAACCACGCAUAGCGAACAAAUAAGGAUGCGGGUUUUCCGAAUACACAUCCACCUCUUCGGAGUAGGAUGGGCUCUACGUGCCGAAGAGGAGAAACACUGUCUGAAAGUAGUGGCCAACAAUCCUGCAUCUUUUGGUCAAUCGCAAAAUUAAGAAAUAAAAGAGUUAUGUUAAUAAAAACAGUAAAUUAAAGAAAGUUGGAUCUUCUGAUCUAUUGUUUUAGUUUUCUGUUAUUUUUAGAUACAAUGAGGAACCCGCAAGUAUGGUGGGAAUUCCGGAAAUUUUUUGGAGAAUCCUUUGGGAAUCCUGGAAAUCCUAUGGGAAUCUCGGGAAUCCGGUGGGAAUCCCGGGAAUCCCAUGGGAAUCUCGUGAAUCCGGUGGGAAUCCAGGGAAUCCAGGGAAUCCCAUGGAAAUCCAGGGAAUCCAGGAAAUCCCAUGGGAAUCCCGGGAAUCCCGAGGGAAUCCUGGAAAUCUUGGGAAUCCCGGGAAUCCGGAAUCCGCCGUUUCCCCCUUGUCGAAAACUGUAUCUUAAUGCAAGCAGCUUUUCCUAAAAUUUCCCUCAUGCAGAUAGACACAAACUAAAAUUUUAUAAAUAGAAAAUUGAGAGGGAAGGGGUCAAAUUUUAAUACGAGAUAUUUAGGAGUGAUAUACAAACGUUUUAGUGUAUUUCUACAUGUUGCCGAUUCCGAAUAUCAGACUUACUUUUCAUGAAAAAAAACAAUAUUUGAUCGUAAUGGUUUCAGCUGUUGUAAAGCGUGACUCCGAUUCGAAAGCUAGAAAUGUUCUUUUUCUUCAUGUUUUCUUUUCAUUUGUUUCUUGUUUGAGAUUUGAACGAUGAUUAGUUUAUUAUAACAAUAGACAGUAUAUAGUACGAUUCAUUUCUAUUUGUUCUUGGUCAUUUUGUUGUUUUAUACUCAAUUUUCAUAUUAACCUGUACAUAGAUAAAAACUAUGAUAUCAACUCGAAGAGCUCAAUCAAAUGAAACCAAUUUUCAAAUGAAAUCAUUGAUAACUUAGUGUUCAAAUUUUCCAGCAUACACAUUUCGCUCUUGUUAUCUGGUCACUGUUUUCAGGUACUCGCACAUAGCGAUAUGCAUUAAACGAAACACCACAAAGUCUAAUCACGAUUUCACUCUAGAAAGCUCAUACAAUAGCAUUUGAACACAUUCAAAUACUUGAAGUUUUCAACGAUUUUAUUUGAAAAUUGGUUUUCUUUAAACAAAUUCUUCAAGUUGUUAUUAUGACGUUCGUAUAUUUACAGAUAUGCACUAUAAAAGCUAGUUACUUUAAAGAAGAGAUAAUCAAAGAUCUUGACUCGAAAAUU